UCGCUCAGUCGCGCGACGGCCCUCGCCCUGGCCAGUCGAUCGAAUCGUUAAAUAAAAAUUGCUCUCACAACUCGGUUGCGAGAGGCUCCCAGUGGAUAUCGAGAUUCACUCGGAGUUACUGUGGAUAUUAAUCCAAGAGCGUCAGGCUACUUCGCCCGGUUUAAAUUCAUGGUACCGCUAUUUUUUAUCCCUUCGAUGAGAGCAUAUGUUUAGUGAACGCCGGAAGAAAUUGAGGACUUCUGCUGGCGAGUAUCCUCGAAUUUCCAUGCGAUAAAAUUCGCAUUAUUGGAUACUGUGGGUACGGGGAGACCGACAUUUAUCGUUUAUCUUGUGAGAAAAAAAAUAAACACGAGGGGAAACUAUCUGUACUGAUAUUGUCGACCUUCAAGUUUGAUUCACUGAACUUGAAAUGCAUUGAAGAAAAAUUUAGACAUGUCGAUACCAAGGCACCAAAACAAUCAAAUCACGAAUAUUCUAAUUACAUAAGGGCGACAAUUUUUUACAUAAUUAAAAACGAACGGAUAUGGGAGUUUGUGUGUAGCCAUCACCGCGGGUGUGAAAUAUGCGAGUGAGAUAGGAAAAAAAGGAAGAGACGGGAUGGAUGGAAAAUAGUGUCGACGUGGACUAUAUCAAGAUUUAAUGCAUUUCCAAUAUAUCGUGGAUUUUACACAGUGAAGGCUGAAAGGACCGCCCGCGGACUGCAUUCCACCACUUCCAAGAUGUCAUUACCGAUCCUGCAACAAAACUAAGGAUCAAAUGAACUUCAGGAUCACAGGAACAGUUAACCUGAGCAAUGCGAAUUCAAUGAAUCGUAGCAUGCACUAACGAUUGAAUCGCUCUUCGUGCGUUAUAAAAUGAUCGGAAAUGAUCGAGGAAGACAAUUGCAAUUGCCCAGAAACUUUUACGACGUUCGAUUAGUGAACGCGUAAGUGCGAAACGGUUGAGACCGAGGGAAACUUGAAGGAAAAGGGAUAAAAAUCACUGGGAGCGAGUGAAAAACAUUACCAGAGGCCCGUAAACUCGUUCUAAUGUCCCGUUCAAACCAAUAAAGAUGUUGGUGGACGAGUGCGGGGGUGCGAGUGUGGGAUGGGGUGGGCCACACGGGAUGAGAGGGGGUUGGUCUACACCUGGUGGCUGCAGAAACUCGGCCAUGAGCUUUACCGGCAGUGUACCUUCACUCCAUCCAGCGGGAUCGAUGAGGUCCCUUCGAUCCCAGCAUUCUCAGGUUCCAGAAACACCCCGACGAUGUCACCACUGCCACCCGGUACACGUGGCUACACCAAAUAAUUACGUACCUCAUACACCAGUGCAGUAUUACACACCGAGUCACUGCAUGGACGGUCACAAUGGCACGUACACGCCGCACCGUGGCAACUCCUACCACGGGGAACCUCGUGUGCGCUGCAUGGAUAUGGACGAGAGUAUGGCCGGGAACACAAAUUGGGUUCUCGGCGACCUACGUAGCCUCCACCGUUGUGUACCAGCACUUCGACGAACAGGACUCGAUGUAACUACCAUGCGAACACACUUCUACCCGGAGGGUGGCUGGGGGUGGCUGGUGUGCGCUGCUGGGUUUUUGGCCCUGUUGCUGACGACUGGAAUGCAACUAGCUUUCGGCAUGCUGCAUCUGUAUGCUAUCCGUCAUCUUGGAGAAGCUAAUCUGAUGAAUAUUGCCUGGGCUGGAGCUUUGAGUGCUGCUGUAUCACGUGGUUCAGCUCCACUGGUAGUGGGUGCGUGCCGACGAGGAAGUACGAGGCUCACUGCUGUAAUUGGCGGUUUCGUUUUUGCCCUCGCUUCGCUCUUCACUUCGUUUGCUCUUCACAUGCAUCAAGUGGUGAUAAGCUAUGGUCUUGUCCUCGGGGCUGGAGCUGGAUUGGUGCGGGAAACUGCCGGCUUGAUCCUCGGCCAUUACUUCAAGAAACGACGGGAGUUCGUCGAGAUGGUCUUGCAAGCUGGCACCGGGGUGGGAAUAGCCCUCUUCAGCGUCUUCUACAAGGAAGCAGUCGGAGGCCUUGGCUGGAGGCUGGGACUUCAGUCGGUGACUGGUGCACUGUCGUUGACAUUUUUCCUCGGAUUAAUCUACAGAAGUGCAUCGCUGUAUCAUCCACAGCGCAGGGCAAUAGUUCACCUUAAAAAUCAACGCACAAAAGUUAAGGAGAAAAAAAAUAGUACUAAUAAAAUGCCACGACAACCAUUUGUGGACUUGAGCCCCUUGGGGAGUCGACCUGUACGAAUGCUCAUGCUGGCUGCUGGCUCCGCAGCGUUUGGACUCUAUACACCGGCCUUUUACAUUGUUCUCCAGGGAGUCCAGUGUGGGCUUGAGAUAAGUUCCCUAGUCCUCCUCCAGUCGUGUUUAGGGCUUGCAGCAGCUCUCGGGUGCGCAGCAUGGGGUACAGUAACAGCACGACCAUCAGCCCAGUGUCUAGUAUCGAGGCAAUAUCUGUGCCAAGCCGCACUAGUGGGAGUUGCUCUAGCACAAAUAGCACUUGGUAGUGUUGAGGGUUACCAUGGUUUGGUAUUAGCCUCUGGAUUAUACGGUGCAUCACUUGGUGGUUCCCUCUACUCUCUGAAGAUGCUAGCACUGGAGAGAUUACGUGCACGACACUUUGCGAGAUCUUGGGCACUUGUUCAAGCCGCUGAAGCGCUGCCAAUUCUUCUUGGAGUUCCUCUCACUGGUUACAUGAACGCAAGUAUUCCACGUGUUGGUUACUACGCUUGCACAUUAAGUUCCUUAUGUGGUGCUGGGCUUCUAUUUCUCGUUGGCUGGGGUAGACAGCCGUCGUCGCCAGUACUUCAUGCAUCGCAAUUGUCCCACGUUAGCCAACAAUUGCCACCGCCAUGCGCUUGUCCACCACCUCCUAGGCAGCGUUUACCAAAAUCCCAGUCACUCCAUGUACCCCUAGAUAUUGAACAAGAGAUGAGAGAUCAGCCGCAGACACCGCUCCAUCCCCAAUAUCACGAAAUGCCGGAGCACAAUUGUGUACACGUUGGAGAACACCACUACUGCCAAUCUGUUCCUUAUCAUCAUCACCAUACCCUUAGGCCGAGCAAGAGUGUACCUGAAGGACUUCAUGGCAAUCAUGAUACGUAUCGACCAAGACCCAGGCGUUAUCGAGAUGUCACUGUUAUCGAACAAAUCACCACCAGUGUCUAAAUAUUAUUAACAUUAAGAAUUUUCGGGUGCGUCCUUGCAAUGGAAUGGGUCCUUGGAGAGUUAUAUUUCUGUCUGUUAUUUUAUACAACGACUGGGUGAAUUUUAUUUAUCGAGAGAAUCACUUUUAUGUCCCAUGAAAAUAAUAAUUAUCUUAUUAAGCAUUUUAUUGAUGAACUUUCGAUAUUUUAAAAGGAGGAGAGUGUUUAUCGCGCCCCAAUGCCUCCUUGACAUGUGGAAUCGUGAAUUUCUUUUUUAUGCUUUUUUUAUGCAACGAAUUGUCGGUUAUUGUUCACGCGGUUAUUUUUCAUCAUUGUUAGAGUGGAGGAAAAGCCGAAUUGUAAUCUCCCGGAAACCCAUACCAUUGCAAGACCUUUUCCCUUUAACAUCCCGAAUAUUCUCAUGGUCACAGGGGAAUGAGCGAAUUUUGAAUGUAAAAACAGGGCUCAUUCCCUUGUUUAUGUUUAAUGAGAUUUUUUAUUAUUUCGUGUCGUUUGCACUGCAAAGCAGACAACAUAACAGGGCCAAAGAUAGAAAAUAACCUCUGAAACAAUUCUGCAUUUACCACAAAACGUAAUGAGCAUUUCUGUUUAUCUAGAGGAGAUGGCCUUUUCGCUUAUAAUUUUUGAAAUUGAAUUUUAAUGUACAUAACGAAGAAAUGUACUCAUGUUUUUAAUGCUGAUGCCACUCUCCCCUGGUAGAGUUUUUUUUUCUCGGACAGAUGUGUGGUUCUGUCUCCUGGGGGAAUUAAAAUUAUGUACAUGUGUUCACUGGAUGAACACUUAUGAUACCCUUCAAUCCAACUGAAACCAAAAAAUAAACAUAAACAAAUAGAUGCAAUUUUUUCUCGAUCAUUCAAUUUAGGUAAAUACGCCAGAGAAAUGUUGCGGAAAAAUCGAGUGAAUUGAUUAGAAAAUUUUAUUGGAUUUCUUCUUUCCAAUAGGAAUGCUCAAUGGAAUUCACUCUAUAGAAAAUGUAACUUAGAAAAUUGCUGCUGACAAUGAGUUGACGGGCUUUUUGACCAGGAAUUCAUCAAAAAUCCAAUAAAAUCUUCUAAGGUAAAUUGGUGUAAAUGGGAGAGCUAGUGGAGGUCACGAUUGAAGAUGAAUGAGAUGGCGUGAGUAAACACAAUUUAUAGCCAUUGAAUACUGACAUAUACUAUAUUAGAUAUUUAUAAAUAAAAUGCGUUGCUAGUUGAUAAAAAAUUUAUAGAACAUUGGCACAGAUAAUAUGCCAUGGACACAUGGGAGAGACGAAUUCUCAAGUUGAUGAUAUUGUUUUUUAUUCAAGAUUUUAUUCAUGAUUUUACUGCCAAUGAGAAUGUUGUAAAAACAUUGGAAAAUUCUAUCAGAAGCGAUUAAUUAUUGAAAUAAUUGAUUAUUAGAGGAGAAAAAUACUGUUAAACUGCGAAUUGUUCUCUUUUACUUCGUGUAAUCAGUUUAUUAUUGUUAUCAAAUCAAUGACAAUAUUGACAAUUGAUGAAAUUUGUUCCUCCCGUUCCCGAAAAAUACUUUGAGAUCUGCCGGGACAUCCCAGGAUUGCAGUAGAUCAGAGGAAUUACCAGCGAUUCCAGAAUAAAAAAUUGGAAUUUAAUAUGGGGGAUAGAGUCACGUUACAUACGUGCCAUGUCGAGAGUUUCGGAGGGCCUCCGGUGGGUGUUUAUCGAUCACAAAAGGGGAAGGUAAGGAAAGGAGGGUGGCUAUUAGGGCGAGCCAUCAGUUAAGAGGGGGAGGGCAAAGUACGAUAUCCGUGGCGUAAAAAAAAAUUACAAUUUUUUCAAGGUUUUUUAUUGGAGAAUAUGGGGAGAAUAUCUUAAGGCUUUUGUUGGGGACUUCAUUCUUGACGAAUGGGUGUGCAGACAGAGUGUAAAUUUCAUAGUCAAGAAUGGCAUUGACAAAGUAGUGCAUCGAUGUCGUUUAUUGCGAACUUUUUGUCUCAUUUUUUAAUCAGAAAUUCGCUGGAUUUUUUUUGUUUAUUAUUCUGCUGUGCAGCGAUCAGUUGUCCCAGACUAUUAAUUUAAAUCCAGUCUUACGAUUCUGAUGAGUGAAUUGCUUUUGUCAUAAGGUGAAAAAUAUAUUUUGGUUUAUCCCCGAUAGUUCGCAGAAUCAACAGAUACUCGCAUUCAAUGAGAAUGAGAAUCAAUGCAAUUAGCACAGAAAAUGAAAGUGAUUAUGAAACUGUACCGAGGCCAUUGGCUGAAGGAAGCGAUGAGUGAGACUCGAGAGAAGGGACAAUCGCGAUAGUUGUUUGGCCAGACGCGUCAGUGAAUCCAUUUUAAAAUGAGAACAAUGGAUAAAGGAGUAAAACGUGUGAAAGAAUUCCCCAGUCGUAGACUAGACUACUCAGGGAUCGUUAUCGGAUUGUCUUGUCUCUUUCGUUUUUUUUUCUCUCUCGCUAUCUCAUAGCCCGUCUCUAAUCUCAGCCUUCAUCAUAUGAAACUCUUCAGUCGAGUCUGAACAGGGCUUUGAGCGUUGAUUCAAAAUAAAAUUCAUAAAAAAGUGCAUUUUUGAAAUUUCCUUUUAACUUUUUACAAAUAUCUCGUUUAUUCAAUGGAAAUUAUGAAAUCUGCAUUGAAACCUCUCUGGAGAGCUCUUGAUUCCCUUACAAAAUAAAUCGUAAUAGAAAAACUACUAGCGCCAUUCAUGAAAAAGCUCAUGAGGAUUCAUUAAGGCUUUCAUUAAAUUCUGGAUAACUGAAGGUUUCUUUUUUCCUCCAAAAUAUUCAUCGCAUUUCCCUCUACAUAAUGUCAAUGAAUAGGACGUUUCAUUUGUUGAAAAGAUAGCAACUGGAUCGAGAUGUCCCCUCGAACCAAAUAAACGAAAAAACGUCGAAAUUGAAGUUUCAUUCAACAAUUUACCCUGAAAGUGCAAUUUUAUUUCAUUCGAGACUGGCAGACAAAUUGUUUACAUUGUACACGACAUCCAAGGGGAGCUGGCACACGUAUUUAUUGUCAAACGGAUGCAAUCGAUACUUGGCCGAUGUUUGUCGACAAACGUCAAAGAAACAAUUUUGCAAAAUGAAAAAGUCUUGGAGCUGCACUGAAUGCCUGAGGGGCUUUAAACUUUUGAGAAAUGCCAUCGAUAAUUAAAUCGAAAAAUUGUUCGCGAAACAGCCGGAUUAUUUGGGUGCAUACGAUACCCAUGGCUUGACAUUCCACAUAAAAACAAUUUUUGUACUCAAUGCAAAUAAAAAAAAAUUUCCUUUAGUGGAGUUUGCUGAUUUUAAAAUUGGAAAAAUUCUUCUCGAGAACGAAAAAACGAGAUUUGAAUUAAAAUCAAUGGAGUUACGACCAAUCACACAUUUGUAAUCACUUCAAUUUUCAUAUUGAAAUAACUAAACGUUAAUAAACAAUAAGAAAGUAGCUAGGAUUAUCAAUCAGCGUUUAAAAAAUCAUUAACGAAAGGUAAAAACUGAAAAUAAAAAUGUAAAACAAUGACAAGGGAUCAACGCACGCGAUUUGAACCACGUUUUUUCGAGUGAUUUUUUAAUACAAUUAACUAAAAGUAAUGUGUCAAUUCUUUGUUUGAACAUGUGACGGACUCAUGUAAUCAGAUAACUCAACGAAUUUAAGCACUGAAUGGGACGUGAAAUUACACUUAGGUGCAUGUGAGAAUGUGUGCAAUUGCGUUUUACAGUAAUUUUAUAAAAUGUGAUUCUAUCGAUGUAGUUAUUCAGCAGGACCAAUUGAACACAAAUUAUGUCUGUCGAUUUGCACAAUGUGAUGAUGAUGUGUUAUCCUAGAAAAACUUCAUUCCAGUUUAGUCAAAAUGGUGCGGAGGGUGAAAUUCACUGUUGGGGGUGUGCGAGGGGGCAGCCCCUGCUUCAAAAAUAAUUAGAAAAUAUACCGGGAUAUUUAUUCCUAGGAAAAUUGUUUUUCCGAAUUUUCCAAUGUAGAAUUUCAACUUUAAACUCCCAAAACCCAAAAAAAUCUGUAGAACUGUCGAUGCAAAUUCUACUAGUGUUCGGUGUAUUCUAUUGAGGACUUCCACCAAUUGACUACGCGUUUGUCAAUAGCAAACGUCUAACGGAAAGCAUUUUUCAUGUCUCUACACAUACAACCUGUUCUACUGAGACAUUUUCGUGACAUGAAUUUUCCAAUUUUUUCCAGCGCACGAUUUUCUCUCUAUUAAUUCUCCUCUUUUCCAUGUGAAGAGAAGAAAUAAGCGGAGUUUCUCCGGAAAAGCCGUCAAUAGACCGAUUGGUACAGAAAAAUUUAAUGCUAUCGAUUUUUACCAAACACUAGGAGAAAUUCAAUGAAUUUUCAAUAGGACUGUUCCCACCCGAUUAAUCGGCAGGAAUUAAUUACUGGAAAUAUGAUUGAUAAUGUGCGCUUUAUGUCCAUCAAACACGCUAUUUCGAAUGCUACAUUUCCAGAAACGUUAUAAACCCACAUGAAAUUAAAUAAAUGAAUAAUUAAAUUGAUGAACUCAUUUGUCGCCUCUCCCAAACGUCCGAAUAUCCAGAAAUUCGCCAUUUCUUAUCCCCAUUAAAUUCCGCGUGCUACCUCACUCGUAUAUCCUCGAAGUAAUUCAUCAAAGUGAAAUUCAUUUAUCUGAAAUGGUAUCGUGCCAGCAAAUUCUCGCGUUUGAAUGACAGACUGUCGUGUCAGAAUUAUUCGUUUUGCUCCAAUUCGUUCUCCACGUGUUGUGGUACCUGUGAUACAUUUUAUUUCGUGUAUUCUAUUUUUUAAUUUCUACCAGAAGUUUCUCACGCGAAUCGCACUGAUCAAUGUGUUGGUGAAUAAAAAAAUAUAUAUAUAAACACAAACAGUGAGUCAUUGAAUUGUCAACAGAUGAUAGUGAGAUUAAUUCAGGUGUGUAAUGAAUGGGUUUGCAGACUGUGUGAAAGUCGAGAUGUAGAAAUAAACAGAAAUGUAAAUUGUCGAGUUAUUUUAUUGUCGUUAGGAUCAUUAUUACAGAAUUAGAAUUUUUUUUGAGUAAUUGUGUGAGUCGCAAGCAUCCUAAAUGUAGGAGUAAGUGUGAGAAAUGAAAUUUUUUAAUCAACUAACUCACGUGCGAAGAAAUUCAAUAGAAAAACCUAGUGCAUCCGCUUGAAAGUUCUAAGCACUUGUAUCCUACCAUUUUUUUUAUAAAAACAAUUUGCGUUUUACGAAAUAAAAAAUCGAUGUCAAUAAAUUUCAACAGAAUAAAUUCCGCAGAAGGGCGAAAUUCAAAUGAUGUUAUUUACCCAAAAAAAUAAGCAAAUGCCCUAGUUUUUUCCAGAGAAUUUUUUUGUCAUUUCCUAAAAAAAAAUAACUGUAAACGAAUUUUUACUCAUUAAUGUCUUCAUAUCUAAAAAUAAUACACAAAAAUGUCAAUCUAAAAAAUUAACGGAUAUUGUAGUUGUUCUUUUUUUUCGGCUCCUUUGCAUAGGAUAAUUAUCAAUUUAAUUUUUUUAUAUAAGGAAAACUGAUGUUUAGAAAUGAUAAUGUGAUAAGUUGUGAAAUUGCAAGAAUUUCUGAGAGGAUUGGUGGUGCGUCGUGAUUAUUCUUCUUUGUGAAUACUUUCCCUCGGAUGCAUCCUUGAAGAUCGGUCGAGCACACUCGCCAUUCAUAGACUUAUCCUCAUUUCCCCACCUCCCCCCCUUCCAUAAUACUUCCACAACGAGCGGUACGUAACAGUGCCGUGCGUGCAUAGCGGUAUUAAUCUUGCAAUUGUUAACAAAAAUGUAAAAAAAAUAGCAUCCGGAUCCGCUGAUUUUCGUAAUAAACCUGGUUCUACUAUCCACUUUGUUAUUGACUGAAAAUUGUUUAAAAUCAAUGUACCAGAUCCAUUGUAACUAUCCUGUAAAUAAAUUAU